GACGUAUCGACGCUUUCAAUAAUGCAGGCUAACAACAAACAGCAGCUAGCUUGAGUAGCCACUCCACCUAUACGCCUCUCCUCUGAAAUUUGGGGGGCUAUUUCCAAGAUUAAUGAAUACUUGACCUCUUCUGCGCAGAACGCAAUGGACCUCCAUAAAAUCAUCCACGGAGCUCUGCACGAAUUCAUCCAGACGUACAUUCCCGAUGCAGAUAUAAGCACUCUGGAUGACGUUCUGCUGUCAUACAUCACUGGUGUCCUGGAGGACCUCGGCUCUCAGCAGAGUGUUGAAGAGAACUUUGAUGUGGAGGUCUUUGCAGAAAUGUUGGAAGCUUACAUUCCUGGGUUCGCCGAAAUUGAUAGCGUCAAGGUUUGUGAAAUGAUGUUUAAUCUGGCUUCAAAACUCGCCACUGCUCGGACAACAGCCGAUGGAGAGAAUGAUCUCCCUAAGACGAGAACAGAGCAGACUCCCCAGAAACUCACCACCCUGCACAGCGAACCUCCAAGACAAGAACUGCUGUGCCUUAAAACACAGACAGAGGGCGCCACUGCCAAGGUCCCAGCGUCUGAGUGGGAGUCUCAGGAGAAGCACCUGCUGGAGAUGUUUCCAAAGUGCAGCUUAUCUGAGGCUCGGAGCGCCCUCUCUAUUGCCAAAGGAGACAUGGAGGAAGCCGUGCGCCUUAUCAUAGAGGGCGACGUCCAGCUCAGCCCCACCCCUCCUAAUAUCAACCACGGAAAGAGUAUUUCCUCUCUGGCAGACCAAAAACUAAAAGAAAGCAUCCUGGAGAAGUACAUGCUAGUGGACAGAGAGGAAGAUAAAAAAGUCCACAGACCUGUUGCCCCCAAAGAUGCUCCAAAGAAACUGGUUCGUUACCAUGGCAACCAGGUAGUAACCACAAAGGGAGAGCGGUAUCAGCUUGUAAAGACAAACGAGACUGAGGAUAUGAAAAAAACGUACGUCAAUCUCAAGCCAGCCCGAAAGUACAGGUUCCAUUGACGAAGUGCAGAACACUGGAAAAGCAGCUAAUGACUAUAUUGUUUACAGUUUUUUUUAGCUUCAUUUUGGCCUUGACUUCUUUAUUUUUUUUAAGUUCAGGCUAAACAUUUAUUGGUGUGGCAUACAUUGCAAUAUUGUUCCAGUUAAAUGCCUUGGUUCUAAUUUUAACUAAAGGUUGCAUCACUGUUGACUUGAUGAGCUUUUGAAGCUUUUGUAUGUGUGGAGGCUGGAAAAAUAUGUGUUUCUGUUCCAGGAUUUGCUUUGGUCACUUCAGCAGGUCUGAUGUUGCUCUUAUGGACUGUUUUUGUUUUUUCUUGUAUUUUCCAAAACUCUUCAGUUUCAAAAUUCAUAAUCAUGUUUGUACAUAAACUCUCGUGGUGCUGUAUACUUCUGAACAAUCAAAAAUAACUGGUUUUAUUAUUCUUUUUAAUUUUCUCCACAGUGUCAUCUCUAAACCUUUUUUAAUCCUGUUUUAAAUCAUGGAGUGUCAGUGAUGUGGAAUCUGUUUUUAGACUUUUAGUAAGUUUUUAUGCUAAAGUGUUAAGUAUUUUUUUUAUUAUUUGUUCUGACUAUGCUUUUGUUUUUGCAGAAGUUUAUUUAGCAAUUUAACCGCUUAUUUAGAAAGUAUUCAGCGCCUCACUUCUUCCACAUUAUUUACAAAAAAUAUAGUUAAAAAAAACAUAAUGAAAAUGUGAAAAAAGUUCUUUUGAAAUUUUUGCUGAAAAAUGAUAUGUACAUGAGUAUUCACAGCCUUUGCUCAGUAGUUGCUGAACCUUUGGCAGCAAUUACUGUCAUUUUGACUCUGACACCACAAUAUUUGUGCACAUUUCUUUGAACAGUUUUUAAUUUAAAGAAAAAAAAAUUCACUUCGUUCUUGAGUAUUUUUUUUUUUUUUUUUUUUCUGGAAGAAAACUGAUUUAAUCCAUUUUUUAAAAAGACUGUGACAUAAUAAAAUUAGGAAGAAGUGAGGCGCUGUGAAUACUUUGAAACAUGUAUGUAAAGUGAUGUAUUGAAUUUUAAGACUGCGGAGGAUGCUCAGAUCAGUUGGACUCAGUUGUGCUGAAUAAAAACAUUGUUAGUUAAUACAA